UAUAACAACACGCCGCUAGUACUAACAUGUCGGGCGCGUCAGAAAACGACGAAUCGGGCCUUUCUGGUAGCAGCUAGCACCCCUGACCUCUCUUCUCCUACCAAGGCUGUAGAAGCCUCACAACAAGAAGACUAUGACGAAGAUGACGAAGAUGACGUUGAAGAUGACGAUUCAGACGAGUCUGUACAUCCAGCAGACGAUAUUUUACAGAAAACAAUGCGAUUUUGGGAACAACUACGCAAGAACAACAACAACCAGGUACGACGGCAAGGAGCUGAGCAUCAGAGAUACAACCUCGAUGCCUUCCUCUUCAAGCUCAUGAGUGAGGGCACCCCGAAUCAUAUUGCCAUGAAUUCCCGGCGGCUUGGAGAGGUUCUGAUGAGCCCUUCUAUUCGUGAUGCCCUCAAAUCACAAGGCAUUACUAUCACAAGUGACGAUCAUGUUGCCGAGGCAGGCUCCUUCAGCCAUGUUAUACAUAAGGAAAUGAGGGUUCUUAUCGAUCAACCGGCUUUUGGAGUAUUUGAGCAAUUCAAGGGCCAGGCUUCAGUGCCUACGACUAUUGUACAAGUCUGUGACACUGCUUGGCUCCUCGAAAAUACCCUCAAAGAAGCCUGGCCAACGCUCAAGAAAUACGCCCCGAAUUUGGUCACCUUUUUAUCACAGGUCCUCCAGAAUCAGCGUACGACCCAGAAAGAGCUGGCCAAUAUGAACUUUGACGAUGACAAAAGCCCUCAAAUCUUCCUACUCGCCUCCCUAUUUACAGGCGGCUACGCACGUAACAACAGCCCCUUUUUGAGAGAUAUUCUCGGCCUCUAUAUGCUCGCAAACGGUACACCAAGGCGUGCGGUAGAAACCCUCGCUCGUAUCGGCUUAAUUCCUUCGUAUUGGACCCUGAAUAAAAUGCUCAACGACAUGGCAGCUAGAGCGAAGGAAAACAUCAAGAAAGUCGCCAGGGAUCCGAACGGGCUUCUUGUUUAUGAUAACUUCAACUUCAUGAACCGUACAAGAGAGCUAGUUAGCGGGAAGAAAGACGGGAUGAUCAACCUUACAACGGCUUGUAUUGUUUCGUGCCCAGAACUCGGGGGAGCGGUGCAGAAGGCCAAUUUCCGGCCUCGAACGAAGGUUACAAAGGGAAUGGUCAUCGAUUAUAUCCUUCCACGCCGCCAGAUUAUCCAUAAAGCGUCAAAAUGGCUAGUCAAACAGGCCCUCAUGAAGAUAUUCACAAAGAACAACAUUCCCGGCAUGCCUGUCAUCAAGAGAGUUGUAUACGUGUCACGGCGCGCAACGGCCGUAGCACACUAUAACCCAUUACAGGUUGCAAGUCGUCGACUUGCAAUUCUGGCAUCCUUUUGGGGGUUCUAGCGCAGUGGUAGUGGGUGCUGUGAGCUGGCG